AAGAGGUAAUGGUGGGGAAGGAAGGCUUUCAAUGCGUGAGUGCAGGCUUGAGUGCGUGACGAUGUUAUCUCCCGUGACAUAACGUGACGGCGACACGUAUAUAUGCGCAGAUGGGUAGUCAAAUUAUCAUACACCGCGCAUCAGGAAAAGUGCAAGAUGGCCGACAGUGAGACCAAAUAUAUUGAGAAUUUGAUCUUGGAAUUAAACUCCGAAUUUGACUCAAAAACUAAAAAAGCCUUGAUAGCGUUAACAAAACUGACCAAAAAUAAAGAAAAUGUUCGUUUGUUUUGCUUGAAAGGAGGCUUAAAGCGGCUUUUAGCUCUUAUUCAGCGACCCAACACCACCGUUGUUGACAUGGCGCUCAGUACACUUGCAAACUGUGUUCUGGAUGAACAGUGUAGAAAGGAGGUUAGUGUUUGUUAAAAUAACGUGAAAAUCUAUGCUUAGUUUUAAUGUAACUACUUUUCAUUCCUUUUUUUGUAGGCAAGAAGAUUGGACGGCAUCGCUACACUUGGUGAGUGAUUUAAUAAAAUAUUCAUGAAUAAUUAAGCUUAAUUACUUAAUAUGAUCCUUUGUUUAUGUCGUUUAUAGGGACCCUAAACGGAAAAUGACUUCGCAAAUAAAACAGUUAGAGCGCUUUCAUUUUCCAGCAGUAUUAUGAUUACAGAUAAUAAUUAUUUGAUUGGAAAAAAAAACCCUGCUGUGAGAUCACCGGCCUUAGCAUACGAUACUUUAGCCAGGGCUAAAAGCGAAGCUCCCAUUAAUAAAUCUAUAAUUUAAAUCAAACAAUAAACUUGUGAUCCACAAUUCAGUUAAGUUAAGGGCACAUUCAUGUGACUUUUGAGGGAAAGGCUAAGUUAUUUCUUACAUCGAGUUGAUAGCCUUAUAUCCUGGCAUAGUAAAUCGAACGUUCGAAAAUCGAACUCAAUCGAACUCAAUCAAACUCAAUCCGUGGAUUGAGUUCGAUUGAGUUCGGCAAUCGAACGAAAUCGAACACCACACUUUCAGUGAGUUCGAUUUCCGAACAAAUCGAAUUCAAUCGAACAAAUCGAACUCAAUCGAACUCAAUCCGUCUGAUUGUGUUCGAUUGAGUUCGGUUUCCGAACUCAAUCGAACACAAUUAAAUGGAUUUCGUUCGAUUGGCUCUGGUAAACCUAUACAAAGCAAGCCCAAAGCAAGCCCGUUACCAUUUAUUCAAUAACAAAUCCCAUUUAUAAACUGUCCACAGCAGUUAAGUCGUCGGUCGUUUGCAAUUCGGAAGGCACGGCCUUUCUUGCCUAUUUUCUUUAAAACCCUGAAAACUUCGCCAUCCUUGACGUCAAAGCGGCAUUCCUGGUAGCCUUUGACUAUACAUUUGAAGCUUACGAUCCACAACGCAUCUGAAGCCAUUUCUGCGGAAUUUCUUCGUUUACGAAAAACACGUGCGCUACACUCAGGGCUGAAGUAACUCGAGCUUCUAAGAUCUGGUAAUGGAUUUUCAACGUCUGUUUUACAUAAAUCACGAGUUCGAAAAUCGAACGUUCGAUUGGGUUCGAUUGAUUUUUUUUCUUUUCGGUGAGUUCGAUUUCGUUCGAUUGCCGAACUCAAUCGAACUCAAUCCACCGAUUGAGUUCAAUUGAGUUCGAUUGAGUUCGAUUGAAAUUUAGUUCGAUUGGGUUCGAUUUACUAUGCCGGGUGAUAUGUACACCCAAAAAAUAGCAAACAUCUUCAAUCACACUCAAGAGCCAUAAUGGCUCUUGAUCACAGUAGAUUAGGCCUCGUAAACAAAUUCUUGCAAAACAAAUCAGGCCGAAUUUUUUUGCGUUUGAUAGGUUUACUUUACAAAUUCUUGCCAACAAAUCUGGGGGUGUGUAAACCAACCUUUUAUACUCUUUAUACAUCACAUCUGAGGUGAAACAAUACUAUUUAUCAUACAGGCCUUGGACAGAAUGCGGCAUUUCACAAUUUUUCAAGACAAAUUGCACUUAGUCAAUAUUCAGGACGAUCAAUCGUGGGCUUUUAGCGAAACCGUUCAAAAAAAUUCCAAAAUCACCCAUACGGCCAGCCGGUUCUCAUUUCUAGUGCGAGCUGUCAGUGUGCUCGAGUGUUUGAACGAACUUUAAUAGAGUUACGCUUCAACAUAAUAACGAAUUUACCAUUAUUGUUUUUUGUUAUUUAAUGGUUUCAGUUAUAACGAUGUGUAAUCUUAUAAAGCGUUUCAUAUGCGCGACAUUUUUGAGUACUCCUGCAAGCGAUGUUCAUGAACGAUGAAAACAAACAGCACGUACAAGCGAUUAAAAUUGCAAGAGAGACUACUAAGAAAUAUAAUUCGGUGAAACAUUUACAGAGGCAACAAUUUUCAUUCACGUAGACAGGUAUUAAAGUGUGUCUAAAAAUCCUGAGUCUUUAAGCUUAAGUUAAUUAUGUUUUACUUUAAGCCGGCCUCCCGGUGUUUGCUUUUUUCAAAGAUGAACUCCUCGAAGGUUUCUUUCUACAGCCAAAUUUAUAACUAAAUAUUCUUCAGAACGUUGUCUUUCUAUUUGCGGCGAGAAAAUAUAUCUGAAGGCCUUUUAAGGUGAUUCCCUAGUUUUGCACUGCGCAUCUCUUACUGUGCAUAACAAGAUGGCCGCCGUAAAAAAAGAGCAUGUGAAUUAAUAUUAUUAAUAGGGUUGUCACUAAGAUUUCAAGUUGCCGGGUAAAUACAACAAGUAGGCGGGGAAUCAAAUGGCUAGGGAUUUCUUUUGGUUCUAUUUUUCUUCUAUUUUCCGAUGAAAGUAGCCGGGGGCUACUCUCUUAGUAGCCGGGGAAAAUCCCCGGCCCCCGGCUCUUAAUGACAACCCUGAUUAAAAUGAAGUUGACUGAAGAGAAACGCAAUUGGAAUUUUUGCUUGCUGUUGUUUCUUACCGAGGUGAGACUCAAUGUGUUGGGAAUGUGCAUAACUUAAGCAGUACGCGUGCUGCUGAGUUCAACGUCCUCUCGGAGAACCUCGAUAGUGGAUGUUUAAUUUGUGCUUACUCACUUUGAUUUUCUUUUGGACACUUUCUUUAUCACAUUGUGUCCUAAAUGUGAUAUCUCGAUGUAAAUUCUGUAAAAACGGAUUUUUUAAUACUUUCUUCCCCCUUUCACAUACAUUCUAUUUUGAAACUCGCCCCAGUCCUCUCUCAAAAAUUGGAGAAAAUGCGUUUGGUGCGCACUUUCUGCAGCUCUACCGCAAAAACGAGUACGGUGACCCCCAUUUUUUAUUUCAUGAUUUUAAUAAGGACAGUGCUUCCUUUCGAUGAGAAAAAAAUUGGCACAAAUCUAUGUUCAGUUUUUUGACAAAUAUUUUACUAAAUUGUACGGAUUGAGCCAUCACGGGUCGAAAAGAGCAAAACUCUGUAAGCUUCAGCGCAAGCUGUCAAAAUAAACAACUUUCAAAAUGCUGCAUAAAUUUUCCGCAUUAACUCACCUGUCAAAUUUUGACCAAUCAGAGUAUAAAAAUUGGACGCAGAGCGUGACCAACGCAUGCCCAUGGUAAGAAAAGGUCUUCCCCGCCUGUAUUUUUAAAAAACUGGCUGAAUUUUUGCAUCCGAGGUCAGUUUGAAAUCAAAAUCUUAAUAGUGCGGGGCCGUAGUGACAUAAACACAACAUAUUUCAUAUGAAUCAUUGGAAAAAAUAAACUUGAACCUGCGAUCAUUUGAAACUGGUAAUUUGUCAACGGAUAACUUCAAAAAAAUACUCGACCUCGAUGGGUCGACACUUGAGCCCGCGGUACGGUCAGGUGAUACUGGUCAGCGGAUACCCUGUUUUGACAGCUGUCAAUUGAUCACAACAUUGAUGUGCAAUUAGUUUUCUCUUGGACUCCCAAACUGGCUAGAAAGUGUAAGAGUAAACACUGGUUUCCCUGUGGUGCGGACGGACGGUCGUUUGUUCGGUGUACGGUCAAAUUUUCUGGGAUGGGUAGAUUACCUUAGUUAUGGGGCUCCACCCACGCACGCGCAGCUCCAAUUCUAGAUUCUGCCUGAUCAACCAUCAGUCAUUUUUGUGCGGGUACAACAGGAUUAGGAAGAAAAGUAAUUUUGAAAAAAAACAAUGAGACAAAGUUUCAUGUUCUAAACUUCCAGUUGCCCUUUGUACCUGUAUUGCUCCCACUUGUCUCUCUUGCAAAGUACAUUUGCAUGCAAAGGAGACUGUUGGAAGGACAGUAGAAAGUGGCUUAGUAGUUCACAUCUCCCCUUUCUCUUUUCCAUGGUCCCUUGCACUUUGUCGCAGGAUUCACAUUCACCUUUGUAUAGGCUAAUCUUAACUCACAGAAGCCGUGGCUGGAUUAUAUAAAAUAAAUGCAAAAGUUGAAAGAGCUGAUUAAGUUAGCAAUAUUGAAGGAAAUAUCAGCUAUCAAAAAAUGCGAAAUUGCUGGGUGGCAAAAAAGUUAAUAAGCCAUACAUUCUCUGUAAAAUUUGGAGUUUUGAGAAAAGAAUUUGUCUGAAACUAUUUGGUGUAUUAGGCUGACAAAUUUUCAGAGAUAACUGAAACUCUUAUGCCCUUUCAAUGUUCAGAGUUUUUAUUUUAUUAGCAUCACCAGAUAGUGAUAAGCAUGUGUUAAUGAGGCAAAAAGUGUAAACAAAGAUUUGCCUUUACCUGUCAACUUUUUCUUAGUUGAAUGCAUGAGAUUUGCACCUUUUCCUGAACGGGAUUUCUGAAAAACAUACAAAGAUGUUCUGACAACCUUUGAACACUUCGGAAGCUAUUUAAAAGAUUACAGUUUUGGCGUGUUUUGAUUUUGUUUGGACACAAAGUCAUCAUUCAAUGUCUCUUUGGAACAUUUUUGUGGAAAUUGAAUUGAAUUGAAUUGAAUUUUCACUGUUUAGGGACCGUUCAUAAUUCAUGGGUUUGGGGGAGGCUAUGGGAAUUUGAAGAGGUGGGGGGGGGCAUUAAUUUUCAUCCAAAACAUUUAGGGCGAGCCAUCAAAAUUCAAUUGGUACUCUGUAUAGAGGGGCACUUAAAACUUACUUUGAUAAUCGACCCGGUUUAGGGACUUAUUUUAACAAAUAAACUUUGGGUCCACUCAAAGAAGAUAUUGAUAAAUGCCAAGUGAAAUCUGAGCGCUUUUUAACAUUUAACAGAGUGAAAUUAGGAGACUGAAAUAGGAGAUUGAUGUUUAUAUAAUUAUAAACUCCGAUGAAAUAUCAGUUGAUCUCCCAUGCAAAAAAAUGAUUUCUUCACAUGUGAAAAUAACAUGUUGUCAUGGAUACCCCUCGCAAAUGCAUGCCGUGUUUGGUCCGAAUUUGUUUGUGAUAAUGCUGACACCUUGAAUAAAGAGUUAAAUAUUAUUUGGUAUUUCAUUGAAGAUGAUUAACAGAACAUGUCCACUUGGAGAUACGAAUUUUAUCUUCUCUGUGUGGCCAUGUAAUAAUUAUCCUCUAUUUGUUUGUUACAUUACAUCACAAAGUCUGGCAAAUAUAUUCCCUUAAAACAUGAAAACACCUUCUAGUCAACCUGGAAGACUCUGACACCUGUGGUCAUCGGAGGAAGCUUGUGGCUCUUCAACCACUACUAGUAUUAAUUUUGUUGUAUUGAGCGGCCAAUUGUACCCACUUUCAUCAGAUUCUGAGUCAGAUUCAGAACCUGAUGAGUUAGAGAGAGAGGGAGGGGGGGUCAUGGUAUUUCACCCUUGUCUGCAAGCUCUCAUAGGGGGAGGGGGGCAGGAAAAAAUCCCCAUAGCCCCCCCCCCAACCUAUAAAUUAUGAAUGGUCCCUUAUCAUGUGUUAAAAAACAAUUCGACCAGAUUUGUGAGUAGAGCAAGAGAAAUUGUCCCUGAUGCAUGAGACUCACAAAUAAUACAUGAGAGUUGGCAGGUAUACCUUUGUUAGCAACCAACUAAAAAAUAGAAUAAAAAGCGUGAGGAGGUGGCACCCUUUGUACAGUCUGAUAAAAAUAAUUUACUUUGGACAUAUUUCAUUGAAUGCAUAUCAAGUAAGUGUUUUCCUUGUUUAAAUCUUAUUUUUCAACCUUCUUUGAACAGCUGGUGUGCUGACAACAGCAGAGAAAAUGAGCAUUUUAAACCGGACCUCUAGAGCUUUGGCCAAUCUUGCUGAAGAUGAGCUUAGUGUGCUUGUUAUGGAAGAGCUAGGAGUUAUUCCUGCACUUUUGAAGCUGCUGAUAAAGACUUCUGACAGUGACUGCCAAGUGUCAGUGUUACGAGCAGUAAGAAUGGUCUGCACAACUGCAAAAAGAAAACGAGCUGUUUUGGAUUUGGAUGCCAUGAAGACCAUUGUGGACCUUCUUAAGUCCAACAAACCUUCUGUGGUGAACUGCUGUAUCAGAACUUUGGCUGAACUCACUAAAGGUUGCAGCAAGGAAAUUGCUCAGCAAGUACAAGAAUAUGGUGGUGUUAAAAUCAUUGUUGAUCUGUCCAACAGUGAUAAUGGGCAAGUGAGGCAUUCAGCUCUCUUGAUGCUGGCAAACUUAUCUUUCCAUUCGCAAGUGCGUGUUUGUAUCGGAAGCGAAGGGGGGAUCGAAGCACUAACUGAGCAGCUUAAACGAGAAGAGCCAGGUCAUGUCACUGCCAAGGUGAUUGAAGGAAUUUGUCUUUGUUGCAGAGAGGCUAUUAAUCGCAGAAGAGUGUGUGAAUCUGGCGCACUAGAACUCCUUCUGAAGAUCUUGUCUUCAGGGAAGAUGACAUUGUCUCUGGAGAAAAAGAUUGUAAAUGCCUUUACCUGGUUUUAUUAUUGUGAGCCAGCCUUGGAAACUCUCAUAAAUGCAGAUCUUGUUCCAAUUCUUCUGCGUCACUUUAAGAGGAUUCUAUCUCACUUGCCAUCAAAGAAUGAGUUAGAAGAUCAUCAUGAUGAUUUUUCUGACCCGUUGUCUUUCACUUCAGACAUUUCGUCAGACUCCCCAAGAGCAGCCAGCAUUAAAGAAACAUUUUUCGAUGCAAGUGCAGAGAAUAUGGAUGAAAGUUUCUUGAAAAGACUUGAGGAGACAGCAAGGGAGAUCCAUAUUUCAGACUCUAAAGCAAGUGGCAGACUUUCAAAUUUUAAGAGAAGAAUGAAACUAAAGCCAUCACCCAUUCCUACUACCCCUCCCCCUGGCUUGUGCACUGUAGGAUCUGGAAAGUCUGUAUUCAGUUUUGCGUCAAGACAGACAGACACAACAUCACUGGUGUCUGUGUGUACGUCAUCUUGUAGUAUAUCAUCUCUGGCAUCAUCUGGUAACAGUACAAAUUUGUUGAUGUCUAGUUAUCCCAGUGUAUUGUCGUCAAGCCAAAUAAUGUCGCCAUCACAAAACAAAUCCUUCUCAAGCAAUAGCACUGGUGAGCAAUCAAAGGAUCCUUUUAUUGUGCAAAUUGAAAAGGAAAACACAAGUAUUGAAUCAAAAUAUUCAUUGAUGAUGCCUGGCAAAAGUGCAGUCACUAAGACUCCUAACUUUAUGACAAAUGGAAGUUUUGCUCAGCCCCCAUCACCAAGGACACAUGGAGGAAGUCAUCACCAUCGUAGCCCUGGUUACAGCACUUUGUUAUUGUUAUUUCGCAUUUCCCACAUGGCUGAUCCUAGUUCUCUUCUGGUGAACAGACCAUGUAUUCAAGCUUUGUUGCAUUACCUUCAUGUAGUGGACAAUACUGGUCCUAAGUGUGCACGUGUUCUUAGCUGUUUGGUGUCAAAUCCAUUGUGUUUUAAGGCCUUAGUUGUGAAUGGAGCUGUUGUAGCAUUUCACCAUGAGCUGUGCUGCAUGUAUUAUGAAAACCAAGAAACUGCAGCAGCAGUGACCGAGAACACAGGAGCAAACCAGGAUACUCGAGUUUCUGAUCAUGUAUUAUGCGACAGCCAUAGCUCUUGCACAAACUUGCUUGACCUCAGACAUGAAUGCAGUACUUCUGAACAACACAAAGCUUCUGAACCUGAUGAUUGUCAAUCAUACCAUUGUGCAUCUUCUGCUACCCAAAGCUACUGUCAAGAAACUGGGAAACAGUUACUGGAGGUUUGUUCAAGCCAAGCGGAAACUCCAUUUGGAAAAGGUGUCCUUGAAAAUUUGCUUCUUAAAGGAUCAAAUGAAGAGUGCAAAGAGUGUGUGUUGGCCUUGCCUCUCUUAUGCAGGUAACAAGACUAUUCAGGGUGUAAAGAAAGUCAGUUUUACAGCUUGCCAUUCAGUCAAGCUGUACCUACAGUAGCUUGUACACCUAAGCCAAAAAGUCACAAGGCUGUGCUGUAAGAAAAAUUGAAGGGAGCUCAGUGCUCUUAAUCUGUGAAUUCCAGGGUACUGCCCAGCACAUGGAUUCUAUGAAAAAUCUAAGACUUUUAGUUGCCUGGAAGCAAAAGUUUAGGUGCCAGGAGCCACUGGGCAUUGCUAGAGCACAGCCUUGAGUCAUUUCAGUUAGCCCCCAAAAGAGAUUUUUUUAUGAGCACCGAUUUAAUACAGUUCCUCUGUAAUUUGAACUUCCCAACUUGCCCAUUGGGCAAGUUAAGAAGAGGAUUCACUGGCCCAAUAGCAAAUCUACUAGCCCCAGGCUAUUGGACACCACAUGUACUUUCUUUGCACUCUGCUAAUAGGUCUCCCUGAUGCUAGCACAUCAUUCCUUUGACUUAUGAUCCUGAUACCACAACCUACUACAGUGUUUUAAUAUAAGAGAAGUCCUCCUACAGCUACCAUAGGACAUCCCUCCAACAAUUACCUUUAAACCCUUUUAAUGCAAGAAAACCCCUUGAAGUCCCAAAAUGCAAUUUACAGUAUUGGAGAUCCCUUUCCACAAUGAUCCCAAAUGACAAUUAUUUUCAUUUUUAUUUUUUUUAGGAAAAUUAUUUUCAUUUGGCAGACUCUUGUCACAGCUAGAUGUGAUGAUACCAUCUUAUUAUUAUGGGGACAGCUCCUUUCCAAUAUGAUCACAUUCAGAUUUGAUUUGGAAACCCCUUGGCACCCCCUCCGACAGUAGCCUCCCUGCAGACGUCCUUUGGGGUUCGUUUGUCACGCAUUCAUUACCCCAAAGGACGUCUGCGGGGAGGCUACUCCGACAGCUACUAUGACCCUGCCAUUUCAAUAUAGGAUGCCUGUUUGGCCCAAUCACUCUUACAGUUAAUUAUUAAUUUUUUUAUAUGGGAGACUCAAUGUCAUAGUUAUCCCCCUACCAUUCCAUUACGAGGGCUCCCUUGAUCCCUUAUUUUACUAUUUCAAUAAAUUAUGAGAUGCUUUGUUUUCUCUAACCACUCUAUCGGCUAAUUAUCUUGAUAUGGGAGACAGACACUCAAGGCCAUGGUUAUCCCUGUCAUUUCCGUCCUUUAUCUUACCAUCUCAAUAGGCCAGUUUCAAAUUAUCAAAAUUCAUACUUUUUUCCAAGGCUGAGGGCAAUAAAACAAAAGAAAUGAAUUUUUGAUCCCUGAAUCUCAAUGCAGUUGCUUUUGUUUUAUACUUCUUAACCUUGCAGCCAUGAGAAAAUUUUAACAAUUCAAAACUACCGGUAGCCUAUAAGAACUCCCUUCCCUCUAAUCUCUAGGGUAAAAAUGAUGAGUAGAUAAUGCAGUUUGAGGCGGGUGACUACGUUAAUUCAAGUUCAUAAAGUCAUGUGCAUGUAUUUGAAUUUCACCAUUUUAUAGUUACAGUUAUUGUUGACUCCUUUUCAGGACCAAGAAACUGAAACAGCAGAUGCUUGUGGAAAGGAAAGGAUUGUUGAAGUUUUGUGAUCUGCUUAUGUCAGCUCAUGCAAACAGUGAGACCUUCACAACUGCUAUAGAAGCUUUGAUAGUUCUGGCAAAUGAUUUACAUGUAACUUUCCCAGUUGAUACUGAAGCAAGUCUUUCCAGAAGAUCAAGUGAAUCUUCUGUCUGCAAGGAUUCAGCCAAACCACAUGGAUCAGUUCAUUGUGAUGGAAACGUGGGCAAAUUGCAUGAACUCAAGUAUAUGAAAAAAGAUCCCAGUUGUUUAGUUAAACAGAAAUGUGUCGCUGAUUUCCACAACAGCAUGUCAUGUUUUUAUGAGGAGAAAUCCCUUGUUUCUUGUGAUUUGAACUUCCAGAUGGAUGAUGGAACGAUAAUCAGCGCUCACAAGCAAGUAAUGGAAAUGGCAUCUAAUUAUUUCACAGCGAUGUUAUCAUAUCGUUAUUUGGAGUCUACACAGGCUGUUAUACAGAUUUCUGAUGUUUCUCCAAAUGUCUUUGAAUUUGCCUUGCAUCACAUAUAUGGCUGUACAAUUGCUUCUAGCAAACAACCUGCGGAAGCUUCUUCCUCUGUUUCACGCUGUCAAGUGUUGAAAAGAAAUGUCAGUCAACUUCAAACUGCAAACACUAGACUAGAAUUCCUUUUACAGCUCCUAGCCUUCUCAGACAGAUUCAUGCUGGACAGUUUGAGAACAGUCUGUGAGCAGUUUCUCAUUAACUUAAUUGACACUAGCAGUGUUGUGCAAAUUUGCAACCUCGGUCUUCGCUUGAAUUCACCACAGCUAUGCACACAUUGCUUAUGUUACCUUCUUCAGGUGAAGGUAUCAGAUCUUUCUAGCAGAAUGCAUUUGUUCAAGGAACUCUUUUUGUGCAGUGACAAGAAAGAUAUUGUGCAACAGUUGUAUCAACUUCUUCUGUUACACUUAAAUAAUAUAAAGCCGUAAAGACGCAAGUAGUAUAUAGUAGUGUGCAGUGGAGGAAUUUUUCUUGGGCGUUCAAAUGUUUCAGCUUAGGAAUACACAACUGCUGUGUUGAAUUCUGGAAAAGUUGUGGAGUUGGGUAGCCUGUGACACACAUAACUAAAGCUUGGGUUAAAGUCCAUCUGCGAGCCAGGGCCAAAAUCCUUGUUCUGAGCCUCCACCUGUAUACCAGGAUUCGUAUAUAUGCACCAUGAUUGGCCUGUUUAAAAAGCCAUUGUCGAUUUGCCAUUUAGGUUGAAGGGAAAUUCAAAAUGCACUUUUAGUACAAUUUACUCAUUAAGUCCAUUUGGAGCCCAGAAAAAGGAUUUGGUGCUGCUUCACAGCUGUUACUAGGUGGGGCUCGAUCACGUCUGUGACACAGGCUAAGAGUUGCGGUGAGU